AUGCCUCAUCUCCACACCACAUGUAAUUCGGAGAUGGAAGGCUUGGAUUCUGGCCUCACUUCAGGACUCUUAUCCGGGGUAGCGGCACGCUAUCAGAUUGCCAAUGGAGGCCAAUCCUCUAACGAUGCUGAUGACAGUUCAAUCCGGGCUUCUUUCUUCGGUCUGCUACCCCGUGAGUCAAAAAGGAGACCCAUGGACCUUCCUCAGAAGAGACUGGCGAGAGAUCUGGCAAAUGCAUUCUUUCGAUAUGUGAAUCCCUACAUACCUGUGCUACAUCAUGGAUCUUUCCAGGAGAUUCUGGAUGAACUUUAUUCCAAUCUGACGGGGCGACAUUCACCUCUCAAGCUGUACACUGUUUUUAUUGUUUUCGCUAUCGGUGCUGCAAAGUCUAAGGAGAAAAGCGAUCGUGACAGCUUUCAGACCUUUGAUUACUACCAUGGCCUGCCAAAGGGAAAGAGACGGCGGCUUUCUGCCAGCCCAUAUACACCGGAGAACUACAAAGAGUCUGCGAUGGCUUAUCUCGAUUCGUAUAUGGGCAAAGUUCCAUCUUGUGAUUUCUUGACGAGACUUGAGGAGCUACAAGCUGUACUUUUAUUGUGCAUAUUUACUCUUCUGAAGCCGGGAAUUCCUACUCUUGCAAGUCUACUGAAUGUAGUCAUUCAUUCAGCCACGGAUCUUCGACUUUACUCUGAUCACAAUCCCUCGAUAGAGAUUCAUUCCGAGUCACCUGUUUGGCAUAUCAAGAGCGAUUCUACUUCCCAGGGCUGUAUUCAAGAGCUGCAUCGCCGUUUGUGGUGGUCGGUGUAUAGCCUUGAGCGUCUUGUUGCCCCUUACUUGGAUCGACCAUUCGUCACCCCAGAUGAGGUUAUCACAACGCGGUUUCCCGAUCUUGUCGAUAACCACCUCUAUUCAAAGAAAAUUCAUGACUGCUUUCAAAGUUCACAGAUCUAUAAUCGCAUAACGCAUCACCACUUGAAUUUAAGAUGUUUGCAGUCUGAAAUCCACCGAAUGAUUCAAUAUCAAUAUGCAUUGCUGGCUGAAAGAGAUCAACCCCUUGAACAUCGUUGGAAGGCACCUCCAUUCCUGAAGGGACCAUAUACCUUUAACUCAUGGCGAAGUAAAAUGAUCGAAAGACUGGAUGAGUGGAGACAUCUGAUUCCAAGGCAUUCUGAGACAAAACUCGAUUCCUAUCGUGCUCUGAUGGAGCUUGAAUAUUGGCAAACCACAAUUACUCUCUAUCGCAGGAGUAUCUCAGUUCCUGAAGAUCUAGUUGAAUUCGCGUCUUUGAAUAAUCUCAUGUCAGAAUCAACCACCGAAACAUUCAAGGAGAGAAACAAAAAUUGCUUCAAUAUGGCACAUGCAUGCCAGAAAGUCAUAGAAAUAUAUCGUGAAACGCAGCUCUCCGGCUUUCCUCACAUCGCUUAUCUGGCAACUGACUGGGUAUUUAUUGCAGGUGAGUCAAGAAGCUAUGUAUUCAAACCUGACUAG